AGGGCCGAUUACUUCUGUGCACAUGUCACCGGCCCCUGGUACAUCACGCCGAGAUUAGGCGCGCCGAGAUCAGGCGAAGUACCGGGGCCGGUGAUAUGUGCACCAUUUUGGAGGAGUGAUAUAGGGGUUUUCUGGUCUUGUCACCCCUUUCCAUCGGCCUCUAUAUCGUGCGGUUGUGGGUUGGUGGACGGGCUUGGGGUUCCCUUGUGGGACAAACCCACAACCGCACGAUAUGUCAGUGGAUUGGGGUGGGCAUGGUAUAUCAUGUUGUGUUUUUUUGGUUUGGUUUCGGUGUUGGGUUUGGGUUUGGGGUUGGUCUUUUCUGGGUUUUCUCGGGCUUUUUCUCCUUUUUUUUUCUUUUUUUUCUGAAUUGUGAAUUUCGAAUUUUGGGACAUAAUUGGCUUUGUUGUUUCUUUUCUUUUGUUGUACUGGUUAUAGA